AUGGAUGAAUUAGAAAGAAUUCUCGGAAACCAAACUGAACAGCAAUUACCGAGCGUUCUUACAUGGCUCAGAAAAAUGUUCAUCCAGUACAAUGAUAUACAAAAUCAAAAUCUCAAAGAUUUUAUACUUCAGCUGGAUAAUUUUGUUAGAAAGCAGCUAAAUGUAUAUCACUCACAAGAAAAAAUCUUAAUAGAGAUAGCAUUACGUCUCUUUCUCCGAUUUCUCCGUGGAAAUUCAAUAAAUACAGAACCAGAAAAAUUAAACAAUACAGAUCCUGUGCUGUUUGAAUUGAUAUUUUCACAGCUAAUGGAAAUACCAAACCAUUCAGAUGUUAUAUCUACUUCGCGAGAAAUUUUUAAUGAAACUUUAACAAAUAUAGAGACGGAACAGAAUCCUAUAUCAUUUUAUUCAGCUCCUUCUUGGUUUUAUUCCCAGAAAGUGCUUUCAUUUUUAAGCUCAAAUCUUCCUUUUGCUGAGUUUCAGAAAGAAAUAAGUAAAAUUUUCCAAAUAAUCGAUAAAAUCACCAAAGUCAAUCCCAACUUUUCGACACUUACAUUUCUUGCUGAUGCAUUUAGAUAUCCACAAGCAAAUAUUGCUGAAAAUUAUCAAGAAUAUCAAAAUUUCUACAUUACUCUUUUAAAUUCCUAUUCGUCCAUUCUUAGUUCCGAUAGAUUUCCUCCGUCAACUAUCAUCUCCCUCUUUUUUUCGAGUUGGUGGGGAUUAUUUAAACAAUUUGUUGGUCAAAAGCCUACGCAAGAACUUCCAAGUCAAAUAGAAAUCAUUACUAGACAAUUUGACAAAAUUUCCGGCCAAUUAUACCAUGAUAUGCAAAGAAUGUUUCAAUGGGGCUCAAUGUUUUUGUUCUACUUACAGUUACAAACUACAGAACAGAAAAACAGAACAUUAGUAUUGAUAUGCAAUGCAAUCCGAAGGGUAAUUGACGUAGAACAUCCGAUAAGAUCAAAUUAUAAACAUGAUUUCAUCAAAUACCUUUUCAAUGAGCACAAAAACAACAGAUCAUGGGAAGUUUACAUCAUUAUAAGACACAUUGCCGAUACAAUUUCUUCAAUUAUUUUCCAAACAACAAAUUUCAAUGCUGUUUGCUUUAACGGGCCAACAUCAAUAUUUAGCAACAUUAUACCAAAUCAGAUUUACAAUUAUACCUGCACUUUUGCUGAACAAAGCAGCCAUUUGACAGAUUCUCAUUAUUUCGACUCUCUUUUGAACACAAACUACAAGAUCAUAUUCUUCAAUGAGAAAGAUAAGUAUAUCAAAGCCAUUGAAGAUAUAAUUGUUCACUGGGACACAAUAAAAAGGAAAUUACCAGAAACUGUCAAUUUCUUCAAGCAAUUCAGCACAACUCUUAUCGAAGCCUUCGUAUUUGACGAAGCCAAUAACUACAGGACAGAAACAAAUCGUUCUUACGUUAGAUUAAUUACAAGAAUAUUUAUCCAACUUGCAAUUGCGUUUUCACACGCCAAUUUGAUCGUAAACCAUUUCAUAUUGAACAACAAGUUGUCUGUCCAAGAUCUUUCGCCAAAUGUCUCUCCAUUAAUCUUGAAUUUUAAGAAAACCGACGAAUUCAAGUCCUUCAAAGAGUUAUUUGACGUAAUCAAGAAGAUCAAUCCUUUGUACCAUAACGAUAUCGUAAGAGCCCUUUCUACAGAGUUAUUCAACGCUUGCAAACAAGAAAAAUUAACCUUAAACUUAGUAAAAUUUUUCGAAUCGAUAUGUGUCCAAGAAACACAUCCAUUGAUUGUGAGAUUAGCACAAGUUAUGCUUGAACAGAUACCAGACAGAAUCACGAAUCUUUUCGCUGUCGACACUAAACCGAUAAAUUUAAUUUCUCAAUGGGUAAUUUUCACAAUUAGAUUUGCACAAGCUACGAGACAAGUCUACCGGAAUUCUCCUUUCAUACUAUCCUUGAUUACAUAUAACAGGAUAACUCUUUUCGGUAUUGUCAUCCACUUGAAAAUGCUCACAGUCACUAAACCAAUUUGGGAAAUGGUUGAUGUAAUAACUCAUGUUUUGUUAAAACUGUAUCCAGAUGAAUCGAAUUACGACAUGAAACAAAGGAUCUUCAUUAAACCAAGAGCAUUUAGAAUCACUGAUUCCGAGCGUUGUUCCUUCCUUUUAUCUAUAAGAGAACAGUUCAAAUACGCAAAUGAAACAAAAUCUGCCUUGAAUUUGAACAUUUUCGCUCCGAUGUUGGAAACAGCGUUUAAUACUGAAGAUGAUGGUUGUAUUGAUGCAGCGGGUACAUAUUUGGCACAAGUAAUUGAUUCUUGUAUCGAUGAAUUCAAUGAAAAGAACAAUGAACAUAUCAUGAGAAUUCCGAAAUUGUGGUUCAAAACAAUGAACAAAGCAAAUCCAAAUACAAUGCAAAGUAUUUUGGAACAUACACCACAAUUCUUCAAGAUCUACUUGAAACCUGAGAAACCAACAUUCAAAGAAAACAAUCCAAUAAAAUAUGGUGGUUUCGGAUUCGAUUUGAAUGCAAUUCUUAAAUCAAUUUUGGAUUUAAGUGUUGUUUCAAAAGAUGAAAUUUUCCAUUUAUUGAAUUUAUUGAAUGUUGCAUUCAAUUCUUUCUUGGAACAAAGACCUGAACGAAACCUUGUCUCCAAGGAAACAUUGAUCAACAUGUUCAUACUCUUGAAUUCUUGUUUCUCUAAUGAUUCACAUAAACAGAAAGCCAAGAAAUUAAGUGAUAUGUUGGUCAUCAAAUUCGGUGACAGAUUAUUAGAAAAAGGUGACAAUUUAUUCUUGAUUUCACUUUUCGAAACAAUCGGACAAUUCAAAGCCGAAAUGUUCUUGAACCUUACAGACAUGGCGCAAAACUUGAUCAAGUAUUUACUCGAGAAAGGAUUGACAGAACAUAAAGUUCGUCAAAUCAUUGAUCAUGUUUUAGAUUUGAGUGAUCACAAGUUCAGAUCUAACACUGUUUUGACAACAUUCUCGUAUUUCAUUAAGCACCUCCCAACAGUGUUUACAAUGGCUGAUUGCAGGAUGCUCUUGAAUAUAUCAUCAGAAAACAUGGACGAUUAUUUCAAGACACUUUUCAAGACGUUUAUUGACACUUUUGUCGAUAAUCAAAACGAUCAAGGAAAAGAUGAAUUCCUUAACAUGGUUUAUACAUCAGCCUUGAGCAUGUCGUUCUAUAUCAGACACAUCAUCAAUAAACUGUUCGUUAGAAUCAACAGAAGAAUCAGAGCGUUCAGUUUAUACGAACUCGAAAGUUGUCCAAUACAAAACUUUUAUCAUAAGUUUACUUUGGCAGUUUUCAGUGGAACAAUCACCGAAGCAAAUGAUAUGAUAAUAAGAAGAUCUGCACAGUUAUUCCAGAUGAAUGAUGAAUCAGGUUCAAUUGAAAAAGCGGUUAAAACUGUCACUUUUUCAUGGGCUGUAACAUUAUGUCCAAGUAUAUUUGAAUCAUUCAGAGGAUCACAACAGUUAUUGCAGAUGAUUUGUUUGAGCAUUGUUCACACUUUUUACACGAGAAACUCUUUGUUGGCGGAAUUAGUAACUUUAGCUUUGCAAGCAAUCAAACAAAACGACCACAUCGAACAGAUAAUGACUCCUUAUUUGAAUAAGGCAAUUGCAAGGCCAAUAGAAACAUCUCCUGCAGCAUUGUUCAGUUCGACAAAUCCGAAAUUCUCGAGAAGAGUUAAAAAUAUUCCAGAAAAAACUCCACCGGAAUUUGCUGAAACUCUUGGAUUGGGAAUUAUCGAGUUCGCAAACAAAAAUGAUGAGGAUAGAAUCAAAGCAACAAAUGUUUUCUAUCAUAUGAUGAAAACUCUUUGCUUAAAGACAUUCUUGGCUAAUGAAAACACAAAGAGAUCAUUGAUGAAGAAAGUUUCUGACGACCAACCACUUUUGAAAGCGAUUUUGAAGAGUUUAGUAAAUAUUUACGCGAACCAAAACAUCGCUUACAUCCAAUUGGUAAAGAAAUACGUUAUCAGACUCAUGGUAACAUAUCCCGCUGAAUCAGUUGAUGCUCUUUUGUUCAGUGAAGAUAUUCCUUGCGCUUUCGAUUUCUGUUAUGAUAUGAUUUCAAAUGAUUCUUCUUUGACAAUUUUCACUUCACUUUACCAGAGAAUCAAUUGUGGACCGGAUUGUUUGGGAAUCAAAUCAUUUAUCUACAGGUUAAUACAUGUAUUAACUGAUGAUCCAAAGUUCUGUUCCAUUAAUCUUUCAGAAGGAUUAGAAAAUGCUUUCAAAUUCACUUAUCAACAAUGUUCUGACAACAAAAAGACAUUUGACAAUUACUAUGAUUCUUUGACAGAGAUUUCAUAUGCAUUGAUCAAUUGUUAUGCCUGCAAGUUGUAUCCACAGAACAAGAACAAUUUCUUCAUCUUGAAUUUCACGAAAGUAUUUUCUUUGAAUUAUUUCCAGAAGUCAGAAUUGUAUCAUUACUUCAGACAAAAACUUCUGACAAAAGACAACGAUGAAAUCGCAAUUGGCUUGACUUCAGCAAUAUACAAUGUAUGGCAGAAAUGUGAUCCUACAUUAGUUAAUUGCAUCUUGCCAAAUUGCAUCAAAUGCAUCGAAAGAAAUGAUCCAGAUUUCAUCGACAAACUGUGGAGCGGUGUCAUGAAAAUCAUUGAAGACAAAAGAUAUUUGGGACCAACAUUCCACGCAAUUAAAGAAAUUUUGAGAAUUUCUGCACCAAAACAACCGAUUUUGCAAAGAAUUCUUAAAAUAUCUUCUGAAUCAAUAUCAGAUGGAGAUGUUACAACAAUUGUUUAUGCUUUGAAGUUACUCAAGAAGUUGCAAAUCAUGAAAUUGUUGCCACCAUUUUUGUUCCACAAAAUUUUCAAUUUGUUGUUUUAUUAUUCGAAAUUUUUCGAAUUCCCUUAUCAAAAACAUUCUUUGGGACUUUUGGAAGCCUGCAAAGAGUAUUUAGAGGAUUUGCCAAUUAAAUCCAUCAAAUCACUCCAUCUCUACUGCAACAACUACACACAGAGUUUGAGUGAUUUCAUAAGAUUGGGACAAAUUUUGUCAAAUACUCCUGUUUUACAAAAAUAUCUGCCAUUUUCAUUCAUUUCUGUCAUUUCUAAUGAAAUUUCAAGAAAUUGCAUGUCAGAAAAAUCCAAUGUAAUCAGGAUGUUCACUAAACUGAACAAACUCAAUAAGGAUCUCAUUUUCGAAGGCGAGAAUUUCAACGAACUUGUAAAAAUUGCUUUGAUUUUCAUGGAUCAUAUCAAAGCUCUCAAAAAAUACGAGUUAAUGAUCAAUUUUGUCACUUUUAUCAUGGAACAUGGCAGCAAAGAUUCCAUUGACUCAAGUAUAGUCAGAGCAGUCAAGUUACCAGUGAAUUCAUGUUCAUUGAUGUAUCUCGCGAUUUCUUUGAAAUAUUGGCCGGAAAUUUUCGAAAGAGAUGUUCCACAAAAGGCUGAAAUUAUCGAUAGCGCUAUUAGAUUCACUGAUCCAAACAUCUCUGCUUAUAAACCAAUCUACAGCAUGUUAAUUGACCAUAUCUUCAUUAACAAGGAAUUCUUUUUGUCAAUGAAAAACGUAAUUUUGAAUUAUUUCAAGGAAUUAGUUUUGAAUUUCAACACGAGAAAUACUUCAAGAUUAUUGUUGUUCACUGAUCAUCUCGUCAGAUUCCAUUUAUCUGAUAUCUCUUCAAAUACUUUGGAUUUCUUGUUAUCUAACUAUCCAAAAGUAAAUCCAAAUUAUUUGCCAGGAUACUUUGAAUACCUUGUCAAAACCGUUCUUUCAACGGAUUAUUUGAAUAAUGACCAACAAAUUUUACUCAAAUUUGUUUUCGAUCACAUUGAAGACCAACCUGAAAAUGAAACGACAUUUAUGAAGAUGGCAAGUGAAUUAAUCAAGAGCGAUGAAGUUUGUCCGACAUCCAAAGAAAUGAUCAUUGAUUUCGUCAUCGAAAAAGCUUUCAAUGUUUCAAGCUAUUUAUAUGAAGAUUUCAUUGAAGUUUGUCAAAAAUACGAAAUUGACAUUUCCGUGAAAAUCUUCAACCUCUACGUUAUCGCAGCAAGUUCUGAUGAUAAUCCAAUGAGAAUCAAUGCAAUCGAUCACAUCAAAUCUUAUCUUCCGUUAGAAGACAUUUCAAAGGCAGCCUUUUUACUCAAAAACUAUUUGAAUAUUUCUCUUUGGAGAGACAGAUUUUUGCCGGUUAUCGCGGCGGUUUUGACACCAAAAGACGGUUGUUAUUAUCCAUUGUUUAGUUUGAGUCAUUUAUUGACGAGAGUUGGUGAUGAACUGAUUGAAACAGUUUUGAUCAAUGUUAUAAACGAAGAAAAUCAAGAUGAAUUCGCUGAUUUGUUGAGAAUUUUGACAUCAAUCAAAAACAAGAAAUAUUAUGUCAAGAUUUUAUCAGCAUUGAUUCACACAUUUUACAUUAAACACAUCAAAGUUCCAUUGAACACAGCUGAGAGAGCAUUGAAGUACUCUUUCGAUCCAUUGAUGUCUUCCGCUUUCUUUGAUGCCGAUGAAGUUCCUUCCAUUCAAAAAUUCAAACCGAAUGUGAAUAACGAUGCAAUCUUUUCAUUCUAUUCUCCAAGAUGGAGCAACCAAGAAAGAACAGCCGCAGCUCUAACAAUGCUACAACAAUACCAGACUGCUGAUAUUGUCUUCCAAGAUAUGCCAAGGCCGGAAUGCAAAGUUCUUUUCGCAUUGAAAUCGAUGCAAAACAGAUUCAACAUCAACAAAACGAACAAAUUAGUUAAUAACGUUUUCUUGAUGAUGAGAAAGACAGAAAACGCUGUUGAUGAAACAAUCGAAGCACUCAGGGACAUGGGCGAGAAGUGCAGGGACAAAUUGGUUCAGCCAACACAAGAAGCUGAACAAAGAGUACUUUCUAAUUUGAUUUAUUCCUUGACGAAAAGGAAAUACAAAUCAAUAUUCGAGAAAGAAAGAGUUAUCAUGAUCAUGUGUGCAAUGGAUAUUUUCAGGAAGUCAUUACGUAAUGAGAAAUAUCAAUUGUUAGACAUGUCACAGUUGAUUUCUCCUUCUCUUUUCACUGGUUAUGAAAUAAUGAUUUCAAAUGUCCACGCAAUUCCUAAGAGAAGAAUGGCCGACCAAAUUCCAAAUUCACCAUGUUACCUUUUGUUGCAACCAAGUUUCGCUUAUGAAUUACCAACAAUUUUGGGAUUCACAGAAGGUGGAUUAGUUGCAGCAGGAAGUGAACAAAUCUCCAAUUUCUUCCAAACAAUGGGACGAAACAUCCAAGAAAACAAAAUGACGAAUAACGAGUGGUAUUCGAUGAUGAUUUUCUCGUUCAAUGUUUUCAUGGCGUUCCAAUCUCCAGAAACGUUUUCCACUGUCUUCAACGCUUGUGCGAAAGUUGCUGUGACACAACCAAGUUACGCAAGGAAACACACAGCUGUUGCAAUGAUGUUGACAUUGAUUAAUCACGCGGCAACAACAGGAACUCCAGAAUACAUCAAAAGUGUUCAAGACAACAGUGGAAUCUUCGCCAAAGAUAACACUUAUAUCUGGAGAACAUGGUUGCAGCAUUUCAUCACUCUCGGAAAACACAGAUGGUUGUUUGAUUUGGCACAUGAUAUUUUCAUGGAAAUGCCACAAAGAGCAUUGAUUUCUGCACAACAGUUAGAAGCUCGUGACGUUGCAGACUUGUUACAAAGGAAAUGGGCAAAUGAUAAUGCUCCUUCACAACUUCGUGAACUUGAAGUUUUCGAGAAUUAUUGUUCAUUAAUUUUCCAAAAUAAUCCAAGAGAAAUUGCUCGUUUUAAUGUUCUUUGUAAAUUUGUUGAACAAGUUUUAUAUGUCGAUGAUCCAACAACAAUCGACAUUAAUGAACUGUUAACAGUUGGAAGAUACAUUAAUCCAUUGCAACAAGCAGCUUCUAAAUUAAAUAUUGUUGAUGUUGAAAAGAUCUCCGAUUUCUGUCAGUUCCAUUCACAAUGCAAACAAAACCAGAACGACAUCGAAGGUUUUGUUCAACGAUAUUUCGAAUUGGAUAUCAAUUUCGAUGUCAUUGAACAGAUCAAUCGAACAUUCAUGGAAGUCAGCAACGGGAACAUGUUGACACUUAAGAAACACAAUGACAUUUAUUCACACAUUUCAUUGUAUUAUUUGCACAAGAAUUUCGAUUACAUCAACGACAACAUUUUGUUGAUGAAAUUCAUGUCAUCAGAAGGCAACAACACUACUAUCAUCAUCAGUCCUACUCGGUCAUCACUCGAAGCCGUUUUCAUGGAGUCAUUCACAAACUUCACAUACACAGCACACGACAUCAUGUCAGCAACAUAUUUAUCACGAAUCAGAAACAUCAAUUAUCCUAUUUACGAAUAUUUCCAGAUUGGCAAAGAUUACGCUAUGAUCAUGGUUGCUGCCGAAUACAAGAGUCUUUCACAGAUCUUCGUCCAACAUGAGCGAAUGUACAUCGACGAGUUCAUCAAAUCAGAAAGAGAUGUCAAUGAAUUACCCGACACCGCUCUUUUGCAAUACAUGAGUUCGAAGUGGGAUAUCCAAUCAUUCGUCAAAUUCCGAACAUAUUUCAUGCGUUCACAUGCUAUUUCUGCCGUCAUCGGCAAUCUUCUUGCAGUUGAUUAUCCUACAGCAGAGACAUGCUGUAUCUUGUUCAACGCUACAUCAGCAAGGAUUGUUGAUCCAUCAGGCAUCGGCAAAUGUCCAGGAUGUCCGAACUUCAGGAUGUCUAAGAACUAUGCUCGAUUCUAUGGUCCAAACUUCGAAGGCGAAUUCUCACUUGCUAUGGCCGCCGCCGCACAUUCAUUUGUUAUGGAAAUCUCCGCUAUGAGAGCCAUUCUCCACCAGAUUCUUACAGACAGCGACAACUCAUUGUCAGGUGAUUUCUAUAAACUUCAUUCGAUGGCUGAACAGUUCGAGAACAGAGUUAUUGCAUUUUCACCUCCACAUCCAUGCAACACAUCUAAAGACAGCUGCAUUCGCUGGUACCAGAACAUCCUUGAUGUCAUUGAAGCCACGAAAGCAACAGAUUUACCAAAACACUACUUCCCAUGGUUCUAA